AUGGACUGUCUAGACGAGCCACUUCUGGUCCUAUCAGGGCCCACGUCCUCUGAAGAUGUCACGCCGCUAAAUGAAAUGGCCUCGUGCGGAUUCAGCACUGCUACUGAUAUUUCUCCACACCCGGUGGCAAAGGCACCUUGGAGGAUCGUGGCGGCCUCUGACAAGGACAAAUCCCCAGAGGCACCGGCAAACUUGUCCACACCUUCGUCUGCCUCCGAACCCAAGGAAGCAAAGAGAGUAUCAUUUGUUCUCCCCGUCAAACCGACAGAGGAGCUUGCGGAGCCUGAAUGUUGGCCUUUCGGUCGAAAAUCCGGAGAUGCAGAGCACCGUUCUCUCACUGAGGAGGAGCUCUGUCGCCUGCUGCCUUCCUCGUUUCGAAAUGGCAUAGCCUGGGUUGGGAUUCCAGAAAAGCGUGUCGAGCACUUUUUGACGAACGAUCUCAGCGUAAAUCGCUUAAUGGAAGUGUUCGAUUGCUUUUUCAUGCUUGGUAAGAAUGCACCACCACGCGCUCUCAGCUACCAAAAGGCUCUUGGUCUCGAAAUUACCGUCAUUGAAAAAAUGGAUAUGCAUUUGCUCCGCUCAAAGGGACAGAUUCUUAUCAAGCCCCUCCCAAAGUAUCUCUUUGAACCCAAGUUUUGGGAGGAAUACCUUGAAUGCCCGGAAGAAUGCCCGUAUAACGACAUGUUCACGGCUUUUCGAAGAGGAGGGCAGUUGCAUAACAGCCACAGACUCACCGAACUCAAACCUUGCAAUCACAGCAUCAUUUGGAUGCGCGCCUUGGGAUUCGCUUUCUCCUACGUUGCCCUAGUGUGCACCAAGAGCGAUUUUGAGAUUGCAAAGGCGAAAAAAUUGAUCCCAGACGACGUCAAUUUUGAAGGCUGGAAGUACUUUGUGUCUCGGAUUCUCAGCGACAGCGCCGGCGGCAAGAUCCUGAGGCAAAUCGACAAGCGAUUCACGUAUGGCGAACUGGAUCUGGCACGCCUCAACCAGGUUUUCAUGAUUCGCAGCCCUUUUAAGUGGCUCUUCCAAGGGAAUGAACACCGAGAGUUGGUCCAGAGUCACUUCUUUCUGCCUCCCUUGUCCAUCUAUGUGGCUGUCGUUCUGGGAUACAGGUUCGCCAGGAUUGCCUACACAAAGAUGAAGGAAAACCAGCCGUUGGCAGUAGUGGUUUUCAUUACUUGCUUCUGGCUUGUCCUUUGCUUGCUCUCUUUGGUCAGGAGCGAGUCACCAAUGCUUUGA